AUGUCGCCAACUCUGGAGCUGGUUCGUCAUCUCCUAUCACCUCGAAUCCGACGCAUUGUGCGAGAUCCCUCUGGCUUUUUAUCGUGGAGAUAUGGUGAGAACGACGAAAAUAGCACUUCUAGGCGAUCCAUCUAUGCAGACUCUCGAGACUUCAUGGCUCAUAGGCGUGAGGUCUUUCUGAAGCGCGUGGAAGUCGAGCAUCAAUUUCAUUCUUACAUUUUGGAUCUGCUGAUCCUGGACCGUCUUUCCACUCCUACCAACAUUCCACAAACUGUCAGAUUUAUUUCGCAUCUUCUGAGAGCCCUCACCGGACACCUGGCGCAACGAUGGAGACGCCGCGAGUCACGCCGCAAACACGAUGCGGAGCGUCGCGCCGCACUCUUUAUCGAAGCUGAGGGUCGUCGUCGCAAGUGCCUCGACGAUCUCCAUUCUGCCGUCGCUGCUAGAUUAAGACACUCCACUGGUGGUGGGACUCAUGCCGAGCGUCGCAAACGUCGCCAGGAAGCGAUGGAAGCGAGUCAGCUGCCUGAACUCGUCGAUGCGAAUCUCGAUGAAGAGGUAGAAUGGCGACUUCGCUUCUCUGAGGCUGGUGCGAUAGAAGCGAAGCGGUGCCUUGCUGACUGUGGCCCUGGUACUUCAGCCUUUCUGGAAUUGAGGCUCUCUAAGGAUGAUGUCAUUCAACAGGCGGUAACUGAGAUCGAAACUGUAAACGCUUGGUGUGAGCGAGAACUGGAACAGUACGAGGAGGCGGAGGAGGAGGAGGAGGAGUGGAUGCCAGCGGACACAGAGAUAGUCAGAUUCGUUGAUCGAGUAGUCUUCAUUCUGCUUCAUUUCGCUUGGCCAGAUUCAAAGGGUGAAUCUCUUAUGGAAAAGCAUUGGUGGCAAACAUUUUUGGAGGGCUAUCAAUUUGCUGGACAUCUGUUGAUCAGUGCAAAGUAUCCGCUGCCUACGAUCUCAGACAAACAUUCUAUGCCUUCACAUCUUCUGGCCACAGCCCGUUUGGCUCUCACUUCUCGGGACGACUUGGAAUUGGACAAAGUCGUACCCUUUGAACUUUCUAAUCUGCAGCAACAGCACCUAAAACUGGAGCCAAUGGUUGGAAGGAAACAUUGUCUCGAUGUCUACCGAGACCCAAUCCCUAAAGUGGAAGCAAGGAAGGCGCAUACUGUUAUGGUUGCGAUUCGCGCGAGAGUCGUUGAAGUCCUUCAGGAGUGGCCCGAACACCCGGCUCUGCUAAAGAUCAUCACUGUGCUUGAUCGGGUGUGCGCCUUUGGCAUGGGUGACUGUCUUACUAAGUAUGUCACUGCCUUUGAGAUGCUUCUCAAUGAAAUGCAGGUAAGCUAG